AUGAUUAAGUUGAGGCGAAUAAAAUGGACAUGUAAAAUCGCUGGACUUAGUAACGAAAGAAUCUCUCCAAAUCGAAGAUGGAAAGAUUGCAUUAAGGCUGAUCUGGCGGGAUACCUGACCGAAAAGCGACGACAAGCCUUGGCUUCCGAGCUGGGCCUGAACGAGGCGCAGAUCAAGAUCUGGUUCCAGAACAAGAGGGCCAAGAUCAAGAAGGCCUCCGGUAACAGGAACCCUCUGGCUCUUCAGCUGAUGGCACAGGGCCUCUACAACCACUCCACGGUGCCGUCCAAGGAGGACUGAAGGAAUCCUCGAAGAACAGCGGCAUUCCAGGAGGCCGAGGAAGACAAAGAAGACUUCCAGGGGCGAUAUGAGGAGCUGGACGUUCCAACAUUAAGCCUAGAUGAUCUGUGAUAACUGCUUCUAUAUGAUAAUCAUAAGCGGUAGAUAUGGCACCUCGAGAGAGCCUAAAAUAUUUCAACCUUUAUUUUUAUCGUUGCAAUAAAAAUUCAUUGCUUCUUAAGUUAUUAUAGUUUUUAUGCGGUCUCGAGGUUUAUAAAAAAAUAAAAGAAAAAAAUAAUGUCCCUUCACCUAUUCAAGAGUUGAUUAGGUUGUCAAGCUGGUGAAUUGUAUUAUACACAGUUUCUUGCACGAGUAUUCUAGAAGAGAAUAUUAUCAUAACAAUAAAUUUGAUUCAAUGUUUAUUCUUCCUUUGUUUAUUUCCUACCAUGAAAUCAUAACUUGUUAUAAUGGUUAUUUUACAUUCACAUUAGAUUUACGAGAAUUAGUCGAAUUAUUAUGCUCUUAAUUGCUGUCAUAUCAAUAAUUAUUAUUCUAUAAAAAAUACGAGGUCUCUAACUUCAGCUAAAAAAAUGUAAACUUUUACACAUUUGCAUUAAUCAUAGUCCGUGGUACAGACCCCUUUUUUAUCUUGUUAACACCCGCCUGAAACUUCGUAAAGAGCUUCAUCUCAUCGUAACCUACAAAUAUUUUAUUAAACCUACAAAUUUUAAGAAUUGGAGCGUUUUUGAUAUGGAAAACGACAAACUUCCUCUAUUUAAUUUGUUUUUAUUUAUUUAGAAGUAUAAUAAUGUGUCAAGGGGAGAUUAAUUAUAGUGAGAUAUGAACACAUUUACAUCAUAUAUACAGAAAAAAUGAAAUUAUCUAAAGUAAAAUAAUAAUCGAAAACAAUGUACAAGGGUAAGAUAAUAUGAUCCCAAACCUAAGUUUUGACUAAGUGUUUUCGCUAAAAAGCGAAUAAAAAUUUUGAAUUAUAUAUAAAAUCAGAAUAUCCCUGAAGGGGCGAAAACUUGGAUAAAUUUGAAAUAAAGUUAUUAUUUAUCGAGACUGAAAAGGCCUUUUUCUACUAAUGAAAAUUAAUUUUCUUGUAACAUUAUCGUAAAACUUAAUUUUUCACAUUACAAUUUUCAUAAUUCCUCCCUCCCCGGACCUUUCAAAGUUUAAUUCAUUUAAAAAAAAAAAACAAAAAAAAAACAGCCCUGUUGAAAUUUCAAUGCUAUUUAAUUAUUAUUUAAAUAAUUAGUGAUUUUAGAAAAUUUGUGCAGUAAUCAGGGAAUUAUCGAUUUAUUUUUCAAACAAUAUUGUUUUCGAUAUAACGAUUGGAAUAAAAAAUAUAACUAUUCGUUUUUUCUGAAAAAAAAAGAAUGUUUAGGAUUCACUUAGGAAAUUAACGACUCAUAUAAUAAUUAAUUUAUCGAUUAUUCUUUGAAAAAUAAAGUGAAUAGCAUUACUUAAUUUUUUUUAAAUGAAUAAAUACAUUAAAUCAAUAAAUUAAUCAUUAUUUAAAAUAUGAUAUUAUUUUAUUUCUUCGUUAUUGGAAUAAAAUUUGCUCAACUGUGACUUCCAUAUCUUUACCUUCCUCUCCCCUCCUUCCCCCCCAAAAAAUCACGAUCAACACAAAUUUGGAAGUUAACGAACUUCGAAUACCUACAAAUUUAUUUUAAUUAAUUAAACCUUUAAAUCAACAAAACUUUAAGUGUUUCGUAAAUCUUGUGUUGAAUGUUAAAAAACAAAUAUUCUUUAUUUCAUAUAUUUAUUAAUCAAAUUGUAAUAAAAUAUCAAUUUAAAUGAAUGCACAGAUUUAGAUAUAUACUGAAUUAAUUAUGUAAAUUUUAAAGCAGGAUUAUCAAUUUUUAAAUUAAAGAACUAAUAUUUAAAAAAACAAAAACAUUAUGAAAUGUAAGGCGUUGAAUUUCUUUGUACGUUAAAUUUGAAAUAAUUUGUUGUUGUUUCUUUUUUUUAGAGCCAGUAGUGUUUAAUUUAAAAAAAUUGGGAUAAAAUAAAAAAAUCAUGUUCUAAUUUAAAUAACAGUACAAGAUACUAAUAAAAUUAUACGUCAAUUUAUAGAACUGUAACGUUAAGUUGCAGAUAAAUUUCAUUAAAAAAUAUUCCCAAUCUUUUUAAAUAAAUUGCACAUAAGCACACUUUUAAAAAUUUUAUAAAUCUGUUUUCCAGUUGUGUAAAUAACUACACUGCCUUAUAUUAUAUUUUCUCUCCAUCUGUAGUCUUCCUAACAUUUUUAGGAAACUAUUCCUAUUAUAGAAAUUAAAUUAAUAUAAUUUAAAAAAAAAAACAUGUGUAGCAUAUCUAUUAUUUUUUUUGUUAUUGUAAUUACAUAUAUUAUUUAAUAGUUGUUCGCUGAAGUAGAAAAUAUUAUGCAUUAAGUUCCUAACUUAAAUAAGUUUUAGUAAAAUCAUUGUAUAUUAUAAAUUGUCGCGUUUUAGUGUCUCGUAUUACAGUCUGUUCUGUCCAGUUAACCAGUGAGUUGUAUUAGUGUUAGAAAAGAUCACUUUAGAUUUUUUUUUUUAAAUGAAUGAUUGACUAAAAAUUUGUAAUGUAAACUAUAAAUUGUAACUAAACUUUUAGUAACAUUUUCAUGAAUGAAAUUAAUAAUGUUUAAUAUUAAUUUAUUUAUUGUAUAUUUGUAUAGGUUCUGUAUUUUUAUAAUAAAUGUUUCUUUAAAUAGA